AUGUUGGCUGGGUGUUCUAGCGCUACAUUGUUGUCACCAACGCAUAGAUCUGCACAGUUUCAAGCUUUCCAUUUCCGAUUACCUUCCAUGAGCACCCACAGAUUGGACCUGCCUUGUACCUUCCCAACGAACAGAGACACCUCGCGUUCCCAGCCCAUAAGGCCCGUGGGCCUUUCAUUCGACAACAAGCCCAUCGAAUCCUACUCUCUCAAGCACAACAUUCGACUCCCACCUUUGGCGACUACCACAAGCAGCAGCGCGCACCAGACGACACCGUUCGUUGAAAGCAGAAGGGAAAGAGAGGCCAAGAACCAUCAUGAGCUCUGGGGCAAGAGUCUGAAGAAACGACUUGCGGAGCAAGCAAACGUGGACGUGGACCUGGAAGAGUGUUCGGCCAAGAGAAAAAAGUGUAGCAGCGAUGACGUUAACUUUGUUGAAGGUUUGAGCCUAGCCCAAAUGGGUGCUGCCAACUUUUGGUUACAACCUGGUGAAGAAGAGGAAAGAAUUUGUUUUGUUCCUGGUGAAGUGGUUUCUGCUGUAACCAAGAUCACAGACCCUGGUGAAAAGAAUGAAGCUGAGGGUACUAGUCACAAAGCAGUCUCAGCCACAGCCUCAGUAUCAGCUUCAGCUUCAAAUUCUUCAUCAGAAAGUCGAAGCUCGAGCCUGAGGUUUAACGAUAAUGUUUCGGAGCAUGAAGUGGGAAACGGAAAUGGGUCAAGGAAUCCUCAUCGAUACCAAGAAACUGCAGUGGAGGAGGAUACUGAAGAGGAGCAUCGAGGAUUUGAACUCGUAAGCUUAAUCACCGCUUGUGUUGAUGCUGUUGGAUCGAAGAACGUGGGUGCGAUUAAUCAUUUGGUAGCGAAAUUGGGUGAGCUUGCGUGUCCCAGAGGAACCCCCAUAAGACGCGUUUGCGCGUAUUUCACGGAAGCCUUAGCGAUGAGGGUGACGAGGGUUUGGCCUCAGGUGUUUCACAUCAACAUUCCUCGCGAAACGGAGGACGAAAGCGGCACUGCGCUGAGGCUUCUGAACGAGGUGAGCCCAAUCCCCAAGUUCCUUCACUUCACAUCAAACGAAAUGCUGUUGCGGGCCUUCGAAGGGAAAGACAAGGUCCAUAUCAUAGACUUCGACAUAAAGCAGGGCCUUCAGUGGCCCAGUUUGUUCCAGAGUCUCGCGUCGAGGCCCAAUCCCCCGAGGCACGUGAGAAUCACGGGGAUAGGGGAGUCGAAGCAGGAGCUGAACGAAACCGGCGAGCGCCUGGCUGGGUUCGCGGCGGCACUGAAGCUUCCCUUCGAGUUUCAUCCUGUGGUGGACAGACUAGAGGACGUGCGACUCUGGAUGCUCCACGUGAAAGAACACGAGAGCGUUGCUGUGAACUGCAUUCUGCAGUUGCACAGGACGCUUCACGACGGAAGCGGAGGAGCGCUGAGGGAUUUCCUGGGACUCGUCCGCAGCACCAAUCCUACGGUAAUGGUGAUGGCGGAGCAAGAGGCGGAGCACGACGAGAUAAGGUUGGAAGCAAGAGUGUGCAAUUCGCUGAAAUAUUACUCGGCUCUGUUUGACUCCAUUGAGCAGUGCGUUCCAGCGGAGAGUUCGGUGAGGUCGAAGAUAGAGGAGAUGUACGGUGGCGAGAUAAGGAACAUGGUUGGUUGCGAGGGAAGGGAGAGGGUGGAGAGGCAUCGGAGUUUGGGGAACUGGAGGCAGAUGAUGGAGGAAGGAGGGUGGAUGUGCGUUGGGGUUAGUGAGAGGGAAAGGGUUCAGAGCGAGUUGUUGUUGAAGAUGUACUCUUCUUGCAACGGAUUCAACGUGAAGAAGCAGGAUGAAUCAGCUCUCACUCUUGCUUGGGGGGACCACCCUCUCUACACGGUGUCCGCGUGGGCCCCGCUUCCUGCUGCAGUUUCUCACCCAUGA